AAUGUAAAAAAAAAAGUCAGUAUCAAUAUUAUUAUUAUUGUUAUUCGAAAUAAAAUAUUCGAGUAUAUACACCGAACAUAUGUAGAAUUAAUUUAGUUCCACUUGAUCGGUCAUACCGCGUUUAACACUCGUCAAUGACACUACGUACUUUCGUAUUCGUCCUUAAAUAUCUAUUUCUUUACCAUAACGAUUAUUUUUUUUACUUUAAUAAUUUUAAACGAGUAAAUAUAAUUUAAAUUUUCAAAACUAAAUCCGUAAAAUUGAGAUAAAAUUAUAAAAAUCUUAUAAAUUUGAUAACUAAGUGUUAAAAAUUUUUAAAAUAUAUAAAUUAUAUUUUGUCAACAUAAGAUACAAACGUACAUUUACAUAUUUCUGGUUUGAAAAUACUUAAUGAUAAGCAUAAUUAGAUAAGAAAUGCGCGACUUUUCGAUGUCGUUAUGCGAUUAAAAUAAAAAGCCAACGUUAGAAAAAAUUUGAAUUUUUUUUUUUUUAUAUUUUUCAAUAUGUUAUUAUUGUUAUUACUAUUAUACGCGAUAAAUUUUUUAAUAAUAAAAAAUAAACUAUGAAUAUGCGUCAUUUAAAAAAUUACUAUCUGUUAAAAGUGUUUGUUGUUAAAUAAAAAUUAUGUAUUUUAUUAUUUUUUAUUUAUUUAUUGGAUGGACUUUUGGAGAAACAUUUGAUCGAGCUAUUCAAAUCGCAGAGUGUAUCGUCAACUGUAAUACUAAUUCGUGUCAAAAUGAUUGUUAUGAAAACAUUUAUCCUCAACAAGAGAUAAAGAAACUUUCUAUGAAUGCUAAUUUUAACGCAACUUUACACUGCAGAGAUAUUAAUUUUUUGAGUAUUUUACACAAUCCAGGAUUGUUUGUUAUUGAACAAAGUACAGCUAAUAAACUUUGGAAUAAUGCACAAGUUAUCAAUGGAAAAAUUUCAACAUUUUCAAAUUUAAACCCUGGAUCUAAUUAUCGUUAUCGCGCACAUCGUGUGACGGGUGACGGAAUUUCUCAACCAGAAAUAUCAUCUUGGUUUACUACAACAAAAAUGAAUAGUGAACCUGAACAAGUGAAAGAAAUUUUCGUAAACAAUACAAUACCCGAGCGCAUGAAUUCAAAAUAUUUACAAGCAGAAGUUAUUUUUAGACCAGCUGAGGAUCUUAACUGUUUUUAUGAAGUACUGUCAUGGACACGAGACGGAGGCUUAUCAAUUGGGAAUAUUAAUGCAACAAAAGCUUUUAAAUUUUAUCUCCAUGGCCUUGAUUAUAAUCAAAAUAACACAUUAAUAAUAUCAGCUAAGAAUGGAGGCUUCUCAUUGAAUAGUAAAAAUUUAACUUAUAGUUUUAUUACACCGACGUGUUUAGAUGUUCAUAAAAAUUUGACUAUCUGUCCGCCUAAUGCAGUCGAUGGAUUAAAUGUAUCUCAAGUUUAUUAUUAUAAUGAAAAAUGUAAUUUUACUAUUUCUUGGGAUAAACCAGAUUUCAUACCAGAUAAUUAUACUAUUCAAAUUUUUACGUUCGAUAAGAAUGAAGAGCCUCAAUUAAUUGUUGUUCCAGGAGAAUUAACUGAAGCUAUUGUUUCAAUUAAUAAAACUGGAAUACGUUAUAUGAUAAGUAUUAUAGCUGAAUCUCUUGGUGGCACUAGUCCACCAGUUUCUAUUUAUCGAACAUUUGAUCACAUGAAAAAUAAUUCAAUAACAGUGUUCAAUGAAGUUGCCAUAGUUUCUCCAAUAAUAAUAUUAAUUAUAACACUGAUAGCAACUAUAUUACUUUACUUAAGACAUCGAAGAAAUAAGGAAAUUCAACGACAAAAUAAUUAUUGUUCUAAUCUCAAAGAAACGGUAAAUCUCAACCCAUUAUAUAAAAAGUAUUUAAAACCAACUUCAGUGACUGAUAAUAAAAUAGAUAAUGAUUCAUCAUUAACUAAUGAUAAUUUUGAAAUACGUCCAAUACAAUUGCAAAUAAAAGAUAUUUUAGGUAGUGGUAUUUCUGGUGUUGUAAGACUUGGUUUACUUGAAAUAGACCAACAUAAAUCCAUAAAAGUUGCUGUUAAAAUGCUUAAAGACUGUUCAAGUUCUGACGAAAUAAGAAAUUUUCAUCAAGAAAUUUUGAUAAUGAAAUCUGCUGGUAUUCAUCCAAACAUUGUAUCGUUAAUUGGAUGCUGUACAUCAAAUAUAAGACCGAUGCUAGUCGUUGAAUAUUGUAGCCGCGGUGAUUUACAAAGUUUUCUUAGAGAUAAAUGGGAAAAAAUAUUGUCUGAUUCAUGUAAAGAUAAAACUCAUGAUAAAUCAUCAAAUAACGCAUGUCAGAAUCCAAAUUAUUUUUCAUUGUCAAAGGGUGAAAACGCAAUUUCAAAUCAAUUAUAUGAUGUACAACAAGGAUUACUUGAUAAAAAUGAAGAACUAACAGUAGAAAAUUUAUUAAGUUUUGCACAACAAGUUGCUAAUGGAAUGGAAUAUUUAUCACUCAAUCGAAUAGUUCAUCGUGAUUUGGCAGCACGGAAUAUUUUAGUUUGCGAUGAAUUGACUGUUAAAAUUUCUGAUUUUGGAUUAAGUCGAGACGUUUAUCGUGAAAAUGUAUAUAAAAAAGAAGGUAAUGGUAAACUACCGCUUAAAUGGAUGGCUAUUGAAGCUUUGACCCAUCAAAUAUAUACAACACAAAGUGACGUAUGGUCAUUUGGAAUACUUUUAUGGGAAAUAGUAACACUUGGAUGUAAUCCUUACCCUGAAAUACCAACGAAUAUGCUUUUACACUUUUUAAAAUCUGGUUAUCGGAUGCCAAAACCAUCAAAUUGUGGUCAAGAAUUGUAUGAUAUAAUGAUAGCAUGCUGGAAUUCAUCACCACGAAGUAGACCAACAUUUACAGAACUUAAAAAUUCACUUGAUAAAUUAAUGCCAACAAUUACUGAUAAACAUGAAUAUAUAAAUAUUAAUGACUUAAUACAAGUGCCAAAUAAAAGAGAAAUAUUAGAUUAAUAUACUAGUAAUUACAAAAAAUAAAUAGCUGAUAUAAAAUUUAACUAUUUUUCCUUUGAAUUUUCGGAUAUUAUUUAAAUGUGUCUCUACUAGUCUGCAUGGAUAAAUUCCAUCAUCGGAUAACGGCGGACUGACGAUACUUUUUGUUUCAUUAAAUAAACAUCCCAAGUAGCACACUUGGCUUUGUGACAUCUAUAAGAUGUCAGUUUUGAGGCUGAUUUUGACCUAUCGAUAAGGCAUCAAAAUGCUGACAAAAAAAUCGGAAAUUUAUAUCAUCGAAUAAAUAUCUGCUUAAAAGACUUGACACGAGUGACAACAAAAAGUAAAUUACUAAUAAGUCAUCUGAAUGAUUUUUUAAUUGAAAUGACUUUUGUAAGCUGGGAAAAAGAACACAAAUUUUCAAUGAAUCCUAGAGCCAACAUCUGUAACAGUUACAGACAAAAUAAAAUUUGUCUUGUUCUUUGAACAGACAUCUUUAUGACAUUUUAAAGCUGUUUCUGUGCUACUUAGGAUUACAGUUUCUAUGAAGUAAACGUCAUUUUACCUCAGAAAUUAGGCAUUUUAUUCAAAUGUCGAUUAAAAUUUUUAAAAAUUAUUAUUCUAUUCUAAAGUUUCGGACUGUCAAUAUGCACAAUGUGAUAAAAAGCCAAUGCAGGAUUAAGUGAUUCAUAAGACAACUGUCAAAACUUGAAUUCUGGGUGUGUAAAGUGACAUAAAUGUCAUCAAAGAUGAUAGUUUUGCUAGUACAUUAACAGACUCAUCACUAAGACUAAUGUUGACAUACUCUGCUUCAGACUACCUUUCAACUAGUAGGACCGGGGUCAGAACAGAACUCGGAAGUAAACUUUAAUUCGUUAAUUCAGCAGUGGUUGAAAGCAGAUAGAAACUCAUUCCUACUAGUCCACUAGGCUCCCUGGUUAAGAAAUAUUAUUUGAAAUGAUUUAAAACAAUUUGAAUCGACUAAAGGCUGGGAAAAAGCCAUUUGUUUACAACUUCCACUUUAGACGAUCCAAUUUACAAUAUUUUUUUUUAAAUACUGAGAAAAAUAUAUGUGACAUUUGUGAGGAAAAAUUGAACGAAGAAAUUCAAUUUUUUAGAAAAAAGCCUUUUUACGGUGAGCUUUAAAUUAAAAUAUCUCAGAAAUUGUGCAUCUAUUUACAUUUAUUGCUCUUAAGUUGUAUAUUAUUUUAUAGUAAUCGAAUAAUUGAAGUAUAUCAACUUCAAUUAUUUAAAAUUUGCAAUGUAUUUUACAAUUUUUAAAUAGGUUUUUUUGCAUACCACCGUCUGUCUUAUGGCAGUUCAUAAUUGUGUUAUUUUAAUCGACUUAUUUGUUGUAUGAAAUUGACAUCACAUCAGUUUACUGAGACUGUUUUUUUAAAUAACAUUCAAAUCACUAAUGUUAGUUAAUCCGCCCUAAAGCUUAAUGGAAUAACUAAACUUAUUAAUGGAAAUUAUGGUUAUUGACUGAUUAAAACUCUAAAAAUAUGUAGAGCCUUGAAACGGAACAAUGACCCAAUUAUGUUUCAAAUACAGAAAAAACAAUUUUAUAGUUUACUUUCAUUAUCAUGUGCAAAAUUGUUUAUUAUACAUACAUACGGAUCCGUGGAAUAUAAUAACUUUGUUUGUUUUUUUUUUAUAUUCAUAUUUAUGUUAUAUAUACAUAUACAUAUUCUUAAUAGUAAUAAAAAAAAACUGUAAUAAUAAAACGUAAAAGUAAUUAAUAUUUAUGAUUAAAAUUUUUAUAUAAAUGAGUAAAUGAAUAUUAUUUAAAUAUAUUAUGUUUACAAAUAGUACAAGUAUUGUUGUCAACAACUUUCAUUUUGUAUAGUUAAUAAGUCCCUCCUCUUAUUUUUUUUUUUAUUUUUUUUUUUUUUUUACGUUUUACUUCUCUCUUAUAUUUAUAUCUUUUUUAUUUUUGUUGGAGUUUGAAAUUAUUUUGAAUACAUUUUUAGACAUCACGAGUCCCAUUAACGUUGGAUGAAUAAAUCAUUAAUUAAACAAUUAAUCAAUAAAUUAAUUAUAAAAAACGUUUGAAUGUUACAGGCAGCUAUAGAAUUUACUUAAAUUUCCAAAUAUGUUAUUUUAAAUUAAAAAUUACUGUAAAAUGGUACUGAAAUUUUUAUUUUUCAAUUAAAGUAUCUUCUUAUAAAGUCAAAUAUAUCAACUCGGUAUAUUAAUGAUAACCCUGAUUAGACAACUGAAUUCGAUCGAAUUAAACCGAAUUCAAUUUUUAAUUCUAUUUAAUUCAGAUAAAUUCUUUUAAUUCGGUACCUAACUUAAAAAUGAAUUCUGUCUAAUUCGGCAGGAAAACCAGAAUUUGUCCAAAUUAAAACGAAUUUAAAUAAUUCUAUUCGGUUUAAUUCUGAUUAAUUCGAAAAUAAUUUUCCAUUUUCUGGUUCUGAAUCCGAAUUAAAACGAAUUUGAAAUUUUUAAAUCGGUUUUAUUCUGUUUUAUUCGAAUUCAAAUUUUCAAUUCAGUUUAAUUCUGUUUUGCAGAAUUUGACAGAAUAUAACAGAAUUAAAAUUUUUAAUUCGGUCGAAUCCAGUUGUUUAAUCAGGGAAUGAGAAAUUCUUUAACAUAUUCAUUAAUUGCAUACUAUUAUUAAAUAACAUUAAUUCAGAGUCGUUGAUGUCUUU